CACUACCUGCAUCUCCCCGGCCAAUGACAGCAGCUCUACGGACAGCCCCCGCCCUACCACGUCACGUACAGGUGAGCUCCCGGAAAAGGAGAAACACAAAAAAACAACAACGGGGCGGCGUAACGUGCGACUGAGAGACACACUGAGCGGCUGGAGGAGCUAGGCACUGUUGACACGGAGGACGGAGGUGACCGGUGUAGCACCGGCGCUAGACUGACUGUGUCUGGACGGAACUGAAAACCGAGGAGCUCCUCCUUUGCUUUCCUGGAGUGAGAGAGCGGCUCGGGCCCCUCCUACCACCCGCCCGCCGCCUCUUCUCCUCACAAGUCUGUGCUGCUGCUGGCAGUGUAGUGAGCGGAGCCGGGGACAGGCGGCACGUGUACUGGGGAAGGAUGAACACAGCCCGGAUAUACCCAGUGUGACCCCCCGACACCUGCUGUGCCAAGGAACACCGCGCACGGAGGACGAUGGCCUGGGUAAAGCUGUUCCGCCGCCAGGCUGGGGGGAACCUGGGGAAGGUCUACCAACCGGGCAGUGUACUCUCCUUGGCUCCUACUAAGGGCCUCUUCAAUGAGCCUGGACAGAACAGCUGCUUCCUCAACAGUGCCGUACAGGUUUUAUGGCAGCUGGAUAUAUUUCGACGCAGUUUACGUGGACUGACUGGACAUGUUUGUUUAGGAGAAGCUUGUAUAUUUUGUGCUUUAAAGUCAUUAUUUGCACAGUUCCAAACAAGUCGGGAAAAAGUCCUCCCAUCGGAUGCUAUGAGGCUUGCCCUUGCAGAGAGCUUUAAAGAUGAACACCGUUUUCAGCUUGGCCUCAUGGAUGAUGCUGCAGAAUGUUUUGAGAACAUUCUACAAAGAAUUCAUUUCCAUAUAGUGCCAAAUAGUGAGGGUGACAUGUGCACUUCAAAGUCUUGUAUAACCCAUCAGAAGUUUGCAAUGACUCUUUAUGAGCAGUGUGUUUGUCGUAGUUGUGGAGCAUCAUCUGAUCCCUUGCCUUUUACAGAGUUUGUUCGUUACAUUUCUACUACAGCACUUUGCAAUGAAGUCGACAGAAUGCUGGAGCGACAUGAACGCCUGAAGCCGGAGAUGUUUGCAGAGCUACUGCAGGCUGCAAAUACUGCAGAUGACUUUCGAAAAUGCCCUAGCAACUGUGGUCAAAAGAUCAAAAUCCGCCGCGUGCUAAUGAACCGUCCAGAGAUAGUAACUAUUGGUCUGGUUUGGGAUUCUGAAAACUCUGAUUUGACGGAGGACGUUGUACGGAAUUUGGCCACACAGCUUUACUUGCCGGGGUUAUUUUUUAGAGUGACAGAUGAACAGGCAAAAGAAAGUAGGCUUUACCUUGUGGGCAUGAUCUGCUACACGAGCCGACACUAUUGUGCCUUCGCCUAUCACACAAAAAGUGCCAGAUGGGUUUUGUUUGAUGAUGCUUCAGUAAAAGAGGUUGGUACCAAAUGGAAAGAUGUAGUCACCAAGUGCAUUCGGUGUCAUUACCAGCCUUUGCUUCUAUUUUAUGCCAAUCCUGAUGGCACAGCAGUGACCACAGAUGAUGCCCUGAGGCAAGUCCUUCAUUGGUCUCAAUACAAGAGGGUCUUCAACAAUGAUAGCACAGAACAAAAAAAGCCAGAAUAUAACAGAGAUGCUGAUAUUGGAGAAAAUAUAUAUCAGAACAGUGGUUAUAGAUAUGCAGCAGAUGAUACAGGAUUUAAUAGAGGGGUUGUUCAAUCAAGUGCUGGCCGUGGACCUGUUAAAUUGGGAAGAAAUGAUCAGCAGGAAAAGUUAAAAGACUUGUCUCGGGAAUGUGCUCAAAGAGUACAUAACUUAAAAAGCACAGCUGUACAGCGAAAAAUUGUUGAUAAACCCCAGAAGAAAGACCUUGCUAGGCCAAAAGCAACAUCUGGAGGUGUUCCAUAUCAUUCACAGUCCUUUUCUGGAACACAGCUCAAACCUGUAGCCUCGAUCCCAGUUAAUGGCUUCAGACAGUAUCCAGAUCCUCACUUUUUCAGCAGUCAAGGGAAGGGUCCUUAUAAGCAACAGAGGUCUGACCAGCAGCCCCGACAAAUGUCAUCUUCUAAUACAGGACAGACGGCCAUAUCUGAAUCAAAGCCGCUAACUCGAGUGAAGAAUGGUAUCUCAAAUGGCUAUGAUACAGACAGCAGUCAGGAGUACAAGGAGAAAGGGACUGGUAGAACCAAAAAGACCUGGCGGCCCAUGCGAGAGACUCUCAAUGUGGACAGCAUUUUUAAUGACGAUGAGAAAAGCCAGUCCAGUCCACGGCACUUGGCAAACACUAAUGGAAAACCUCAUACUGCUAAGGAUCAAAGCCAUAAUCACUGCUCAAAGGAGAGCCCUAAGAAAAAGGUUCUGAUGACUAUCUAUGAGGAUGAGAUAAAACAGGAAUCUGGCAGUAGAAGUUCUCUGGAAUCGGUAGGAAAAAGUCAGGCUGAAAGGAACAAACCAAACCUGGAUUCUAAGAUGUACCAUCUUGAUAGCUGGCAAAUGCAAAGAGCCGAGUCUGGAUAUGAAAGUAGUGAUCACAUCAGCAGUGGCUCAAGUAAUCUGGAUUCUCCUGUAAUUGAAGGAACCAGCUUUGCUGAUAUGAAGGUUAUUCAGGAAAUAAGCCAGUACAGUGACCAACAUACAGCACAUGGGUUCCUUUCUACGUCUCCACACCGUCGCAGUCCAUUGAAUGGUUUCAGCAAAGAGUGUAAUGGAUUGGAGCGUAGCAGGUAUGAAGAUAGGCUGUCUCCAGGUCCUCGGGAGCCAUCGCUUAGUCCCUCUGGUCGAAGGAAACAUACUGGUGAUGUAAAAAGAGACAUUCGUUCACCAAUCCUUUCAACUCGUGGUCUAAAAGAAUACAGUGUUAAACCGACGCCUAUGAACAAACAGGAAAAUCCCCGGGAUUUUUCUCUUCGUCUGACCUCAUCGUCAUCAGAAAAUUGUUGUUUGCACCGCGAUCAUUCACCAGUGUCACCGCACAAUGGGCUAACGAAUACGCUGCUGCAUGCAUCAGCCAGUGCUUCACAGCCCAUCCCACAGGGCAACAGAGUCCAGUAUAUGAAUGCUCCUUUCUUUGCAUCUAAUGAAAACCUGUCAUGCCACAGAGAUGACAGCAGCUGCACCGGAAAUCAUGACUUUAACAGUUUACCGCCUCCUUUGCCCCCAAAGAAGUACUCUAGGAGUGCAGUUUCACGAAUUGAGCAAACCUUUGCACCUGCCACCACCGCUGCCCAUUCAGAAACCUUAUCAUAUGUUCAUUCAGCUACCAUGGAGAGACUUUCAUCUGGUGAUUUUGGGAGGCCAGACUCCUAUCCAACAAAAGAUACAUUUCACAGCAGCGACUUAGACCUACACACACCACAUUUGUCUGGUUCCUCGGCAUAUGACUAUCGGCCAAAAAUGGUUCAGCAACCUUUGGGAUUAGAUCAAGUUUCCCAUGGAAGUGAUACAGUUUCACUCACAACAUACUUUUCUGUGGACAACUGUAUGACUGACACAUACAGGCUAAAAUACCACCAAAAGCCAAAGGUAUAUAUGACUGAAAGUACUGCAUUCCACCGAGACCCCAGUCACUUACAAGUUACAGAAUCUCUCAUGGAACCUUCCUACCCCAGAGCCUUGGAUAAUGGUCAUAACACGAUAGUACGAACAAAAAUGUCAUAUGGAAGUGUACCUUGUAACAGAUAGACAAUUGGGCCUUGCGGUUUUGAAAUUGUGAAACACUCCAUGUGGAGCUUUCAACUCUAAAUGGUUAUUUUUGGGUAAUAUCCAGUACAGAACCAGCUCCGUUCUGGUGAGCAGUAAACUUGCUUUAAACAGACAUUUUGACGCUAGAAUGAAGUCCAGUCAGAUGGAGUCUUAACUGCUUAUUUAAACAAGCUGUUUACUCUGUAACUUUCCAUCCUGACUCCCUCAUUAUUGGUGUUUUUUUGCACAUUGCCUGGGUCUAAUGGUGUCUUGUACUUUUACGCUAAUUUAAAAAAUAGCUGUAUACCUGUAACUGUUUUGUACAUGGUCAAAGCGUUCAGAGAGAGGUCACCUAAUUUCCUUUUGUUUAUAGGGAACAAGGAGGAAACCUAAUUUCUCCUACUUGGAGAUUACAUUAAAAUGACAGGCACCAAUCUCCUAAAAAUGCACAAAAUCUAGUCUACUAGUUCUCUAAUCCAGGUAAAAUAUAUAUAUAUAUUAUUGUGUUAUUAAUCCAGGUAAAGAAAAUGCUCUAUUUUAAAA